AGACCUUGAACGUUGUCAGGCGAGAUUGUGUGAUCUAAGGAAGAGCGGUAAGGUGCGUUGGUCUGUUAAUGCAGCAUCUUCGUCUUGUGUGCGUCUUGUAAAAGAUGGAAACUACGCGGAGGAAUGCACCUAAUGUUAAAGGAGAAAGCAAUGACUGACGUCAAUAAAUAUCAGUCAUUUCUUUCUUCUUUUGUUCUCUUAAUUACUUCAGAACACAAGGAGAGGAAGUUUGCAGUUGUGCGGUGGAGUGAGGGAGAGGAUGCUGGGAAGCUUAGUGAAGUAAAAACUGAUAACAUACGGAGGUAUGACGACUCCAAUAUGGACCAACAUGGGAAUCCCAUUUCCACCUACUCGGCUAUUGUAGAAUGGCGCCAUGGGAAGAAACAGCGAGGAGGGUGGCCUCACUACAUGGGCACUGUUGUUUUUGUCUGUGCUACUCGUUUUGAGGCAGCUCGUAAACGUAAUGCAUUACUGAGGGAAAAUGAACCAGCAGACCUGACCAAGAGGGCACCAGUCCACCCUAAAAACUAUCAGGAUGAUUCUGAUGACUCAGAUCCAGAUGACACUCAGAUUCUGUCGCAGCCUUUGCAAGUCAAGAAGUCAAAGGCUCUCACAAGGAAAGACCCUGCAGAGGAAUUCCUUGCAAUGUACAGUCAUUCACCGCUUUCAGUCACUGACUGUGACCAAAGUCCAAAAAAGACUGUGGUUGAACUUAAGCGAGAGAUCCAAGACCUGAAAGAAGAGAAUGCCAAACUGAGGGAGUUGCUUGUAGAAGAUGUGCCCGAACUCAUGAAGACUAUGAAAAAUGUGAUUGGUUUAGCUGAACCUCUUAAGAGAUCAAGUUUUGAGCUCCCCCAGAGUUCUACACAGUCCAGGCCGGGUUCAUCGCCUGAUGAUUCACAGAUGCCCAUUCCCGAAUCUGCUCCGUCCGUCUCAUCAGAGUCUGUCACUCCAUCUACAAGAGAGUCCCAGUCGUCAAAGGUGGAGAUCCAUCCUGGGACAGGAGUCAUGAUCGAGAAACUGGCGUGGGCCUAUGCUAUUAAUGCAAAUUCUGCUACAGUCUUUGUGAGGCAUCUGCUCACAGCAGUAUUCCCAACAGAGACACUGCUGGUGAGCAACCUUCGAGGGGGAAAACGAGGCAGAGGGGAUGCACGUUUACCUCUGGACAAAAAUAAAUUGGAGGCAAUCUACAGUGCAACUCUUGAGAAGUGGCCUGGGACCAAACCCUCCAGCAUUGGUGUCGCAAUCAAUGCCAAGAUCACAGAACUCCGAGCCAAAAGUAAAAAUGUCUCUGUCCCAGAAUCCCCUUAGAUGGCUUGUUUGUCACACUUUGUGUGAGGAUAUAGAUUGUCAUACUGUAAGUGGGCAGGUUUUUAUCAAUCCUUUGUUUUGCCCAAGUUGAUACUUGAAAGUUCUGUAUGGUAGCUAUUGCACCUAAAAACUAUGCCAUCUUGUUUGCUGUUUUCACGAAAGAGUUCAAAUAAGGCAAAAUGUUUUGAGAUCAGUAUUCCACUGUAAUGUCAGUUCACUGCAAAUGGAGGUAAUAAAAUUUAAAGUUUGCUCGGCA